AAACAACAGCUGGCGGUGCUAUUAGUCGUCAAAGGGGGGCAGAAGCACUCUGUCGUGCUGUGUGCCGAAGACGUGAUCGGCGACAACGGACUCGCGUUUUUGUAACCGUGUGAACCGCGGAGAAGCCUAACGUGUGGCGCUGGCUCUGCGGGCUCAGAUAGCUGCGGUUAGCUCGCCGUCUGAAUUGGGAACGGAUGCUAUUCGCGCAGCUAGCUGGCUAACUAGCCUGGUGUCUGGUCAGUGCGUGUAGGCAGCUGUGAUCUGGAUCUCCUGGUUCUUUUUCCAGCUGAGCGUCAAAGACCAAUAGUCUCCUGAGUUGGUCAGUCUGGGUUGCAUCUAUGAACUCCUUGCCACCCACCACGUCGGCCGUCAGUAGCCCCGUUAGCUCCCUGGACUCACCGUUAUCCGUCAUCAGCUCGUCCGUUGGCUCUCCUGGGGCGCCUGUGACUCCGUCGGUGGGCUAUGGACCCGUCAGCAACCCGCAGAUUAAUUCCUCGAUGUCUGGGCUGCACGCCGUUAGCAGCUCUGACGAUGUGAAGCCAUCCUUUUGCCUGAAGUCUGCAGGUGGCACUGGGCCAAUGUUGUCCCAGAAACGCCUGUGUGCCAUCUGUGGCGACCGCUCCUCAGGCAAGCACUACGGCGUGUACAGCUGUGAGGGAUGCAAAGGCUUCUUCAAGCGCACGGUACGCAAGGACCUGAGCUACACGUGCAGGGACAGCAGGGAGUGCCCUGUGGACAAGCGCCAGCGCAACCGCUGCCAGCACUGCCGCUACCAGAAGUGCCUGGCCAUGGGCAUGAAGAGGGAGGCGGUCCAGGACGAGCGCCAGAGAAAUAAGGAGAGGGAUGGUGACUACGAGUUCAGCAGCUCUGCCAACGAGGAGAUGCCUGUGGAGAAGAUUCUGGAAGCUGAGACUGCCGUGGAACACAAGACGGAGCUGCGCUCCGAAGGGACUGGCUCUCCCGGUGACCCUGUGACCAACAUCUGCCAGGCAGCCGACAAGCAGCUCUACAGCCUGGUGGAGUGGGCCAAACGCAUCCCGCACUUCUCCGAGCUGCCCCUGGACGACCAGGUCAUUCUGCUCCGAGCAGGGUGGAACGAGCUCCUGAUCGCCUCCUUCUCUCACCGCUCGAUUGGGGUAGAAGACAGCCUUCUACUGGCCACAGGGCUACACGUGUCCAGAGAGAGUGUCUGUGAUACUGGGGGGGUGGAGCCCAUCUUUGACAGGGAAAGUUCCCAUAGUGCUGAGGUGGGGGCCAUAUUUGACAGGGUGCUAACCGAGCUGGUCAAUAAGAUGCGAGACAUGCAAAUGGACAAGACGGAGCUCGGCUGUCUGCGAGCUAUCGUCCUCUUUAACCCAGAUGCCAAAGGUCUGAGUAAGAGCAGCGAGGUGGAGCUCUUGCGUGAGCGAGUGUACGCGUCCCUGGAGGCCUACUGCAGACAGAAAUACCCUGAGCAGCAGGGCAGGUUCGCCAAGCUCCUCCUGAGGCUGCCUGCGCUGCGCUCCAUCGGCCUCAAGUGUCUGGAGCACCUGUUCUUUUUUAAGCUGAUCGGAGACACGCCCCUUGACACGUUCCUGAUGGAGAUGCUGGAGGCUCGCCACUAGCUGACUCCCAGGGAGUCUGCCGCCCGACAUCACUGUGACUGCACUUUUCGAUCUCAGGGGAACUCGAGCAUAUUGGCCAGCCUCCAAUCUGGGGUACACGUUUCGUUAUGGGUUUCUCUUUUGUAAGUGCACCACAGCGUCUAGAGACCCCAAACUUGCCAUGAACUUAGAAUGAGUUGGUGCUAUGUUUUAGUUGUAAGUCUUGAAUUCAUGAGAAUUUUUUUGUCAAUUGUUUAAGAUCGGAACCUUCAAGUUCCCUUACUAGCUUACAUAAGUGGGGUUUACAUUUUGAUAGAACCAUUUAAAGCUUUUAAAACACAUGAAUGAUGGCUUUAAUUGUCACUGUGUGUGCACGCGCAUCUCCUCCCCACCCCCCGGGAGUAAUUUAUUGGGGCCAGGCCUUAAAGGACUGGUAAAUGGAAUGAACAGUUUUUAACAAGCUGUUUUAAAUACGUUUUUAAACUGGCAUCACUCUCCCACUUUAGGUAGUCUGGCCAAAUAUAUAUGCAAUGAAACUUAAAAUCAUGCACAAAAUUGUGGAAAAUGUCCACAAGUACGUACAUUAUAAUGUGUGAUUUGCAGAGUGUUCGAACUGUAUAUUGGGAUUUAUUCCAGGGAAGUGAGAUCUCACCAUAUAAUCAUAUAGAUCGAGUGCCUGACUGAUCUAAUACGUGCUUGAUGCAUUGUUUUGUUUGUUUGUUUGGUUUUUUUUUUUUAUAUUGUUUGGUCAAAUAUGGGAAAUAACUAGGAGAAUUAGUUCAUUUACAUUAGCCGUGCAUUGCGUUUUGACUGCAGUGUUUCAGGCUGAAAGAGCUACCUGUGACACUGCUUUUCUCUCGCUCUCUUUCUCCAGUUAUGCAGUUUGUAAUGCACGCUUGUUUUCUCACAUAUGAUUGCCUAUAACUUGAGUUAUGAUUCCUUAUGUAAAUUGCACUAUAUAAAUUCAAAUGUCAUCAAAUGUUUGACCAAAAAAAGGGUCAUAUUUUUAUAUACUUUGGUGCUUCAAAAGUAGAUGUUUUGACGUUACAUCCCUGAAAACCGAACAUGUACACAGGAAAUUGCAUCAUUAUCUUUUAACAACGCGGAAUCUGAGCAAUACUAAAUUAGACCUGCAAAUGUGCGUGUGCCCUCAUCACAGGGGCAUUGAAUUGACUGUUGUCUGUAUUUGGAGAAUCUUCCAACAUGUGAUUUAUACUCUAAGUAACUUCUAGUACUGUGCAAACCUUAUUGUUCAGGGACAUUGAAAACCAAUUGCUUAGUCAGGAAAAAAAAAAAAAAAAGUAAAACUAUAUAUUUGCAUGCUUUUUUUUCUUUGCUUUUAGUUUUUAGUUGAUGUGUACAUCUAAAAGUUAAAAAAGGCCUUAGUUUGCACUGGAUUUCCUAUGAAUCCCAGUCUUUUCACUUUACUUUGCUCUCCUGUGCGAUAUGGUUAUCACUCUCAGAUUUCAUUUGGACUUGUCAUCGUAUUGUUUUUUGUAAAUUCUUUGCUUUGUUUUUCUGUCCUUACCAACAGCUUGGGGGAGACAAAGACCACAGACAUAUUUUAAAUGUAAAUUCCCUUUCGGCGGACAUCUGUUUACCAAACCUUAAGUUUGUUUUGUUUUUUAAAUGGUCCUGUGCAAACACCAUCUUUACUGCAUUAGACAUGUUCGUGUCUGUCAUUGCACUAAAAUUGUCAUACAAUAAUGAUUGUAAUGAUCCUCCAUCAGGUUCUCCAUUGUUAUAGCUCAUUUUUUGAGGAGCUUGAUGGCACUGCAAGUGAACCAUAUGGUGUACGCGACCCUAAAUAAAAGCUGGUGACCCGU